UUGGCAGUGAAAUUCCCAUCAUGCCGCUGGUCACAUUCUGCGGCAUCCCUGGCGCGGGGAAGUCAUGGCUCGCAAGUCGAUUAAGGGAGCACUUCGAAUCUCUUGGGAAGGAAGUGGUGCUGGUGAAUGAUGAGAGCGAGCGACUAGAGCGAAGUGUGGCGUAUCUAGACUCCCGGGCGGAGAAAUUGACGCGGGGUUCAUUGAAAAGCCGCGUGGACCACCAUUUAAACGCAUCUUGUGUGGUGAUCUUGGACUCUCUCAACUACAUCAAGGGCUGCCGAUACGAACUCUUUUGCAUGGCAAAGGAAAACUCCACCACGCAUUGCGUCGUAUAUGUGGAUACCCCUGUGGCCAUCUCGCAGCAGCGCAAUCAAGACCGGGAUGGCGACAAAUUCCCCGACAUCAUGGUGGACGCCAUAGCCCGACGAUUUGAAGAGCCCUUGGAAAAGAAUCGUUGGGAUUCGCCCCUGAUUCGAGUGUUGCCUGACGUGGACGACACGAACGUGUCUUUAGUAUUGCAACACAUUGAACAAGUCAUUUUGCACGGCAAAGUCACCAAAGCUGGCUGGGCCACGCAAGCGGUACGGUUAUCGAUUCCACCGUCGAUUCCAUGUGACACUGUAGAAACCGGUCGUGGAGACGUCGUUUCUGCAACAACUAGACGCGAUUACCAACGCUAUCGUGGACGACUUGAUCGGUCGACAGCGGGACUUUGACCUUGUGGAUGCAUACCAAGUGCCCCAAGCUACCACAAAGAUAUCCUUUUGACCAAAUAUGUUGGCCAUUUUCAUGGACAAACCUGACUCCUUAACCACGUGUGUCUGUACGUUUGCAUUGGACGGCCCAUGUCAGCAUCGGAACUUCGGCGCCAUCGUCGCCAAUUCAUCAAGAUAUCCCAGCUACAUCCGCCAGCAAUCCACGAAAUAGGCACCCAUUUUGUUGACUACCUCAAUGAACAAGCCUAAACAAGCUAAUAGCAUGUCUGGGU